CAGGUGCCCUAAGUCCAGCCCAGCCCGGUCCUCUGGUUUGAGAUGCUGCGACUCCAGCUCCUGCUGCUUCUGCUUUCCGUCCCGUUUGCGGGGCCCGCGCUUCUCCGGAUCCCGCUCCGCCGAGGACGCUCAGUAUACCGCACCCUGGAUGGCCUCGGUGUUGCGAGCCGGGAGUGGACAGCCCUGGAGACUCCGGCCCACGCUGGGCCCACUUCUGGUAGCCCCCAGCCCCACAACGAGCCCGUCUUGGAGCCUCUCACCAACUACCUGGAUGCUCAAUAUUUCGGGGAGAUUGGCCUGGGGACUCCCCCGCAACGUUUCUCCGUCGUGUUUGACACAGGAUCCUCCAAUCUGUGGGUCCCGUCUCGUCACUGCUCCUUUUUCAACCUGGCCUGCUGGCUGCACCAUCGCUACGACUCCUCAGCCUCUAGCUCCUUCCGUCCCAACGGCAGCCACUUUGCUAUCCGCUAUGGGACAGGCCGGCUGGAUGGAUUCCUCAGCCAGGACACGCUCACGAUAGGGAAGCUGAAGGGCAAGGCUGUGCCGUUCGGAGAAGCGGUUCACCAGCCCGGCCUGGUGUUCAUCUUGGCGCACUUUGACGGGAUCCUGGGCCUGGGCUACCCCGCGCUGGCCGCCGGCGGGGCCCAGCCCGUCUUCGAUGCCCUCCUGGAGCAGGGGCUGCUUGAUGCCCCCAUCUUCUCUUUCUACUUUAACAGGGACCCAUCAGGAGAGGAGGGCGGGGAACUGGUGCUGGGAGGCAAGGACCCUGACCACUACAUGGGAGAGCUGCACUUCCUCAAUGUGACGCGAAAGGCUUAUUGGCAGAUCCAGAUGGAUGAGGUGGCCGUGGGGCCACAACUGACCCUCUGUAAGGGUGGCUGCCAGGCCAUCGUGGACACCGGGACAUCCCUCAUAACUGGCCCCAAGCCUGAGAUCCGGGCCCUGCAGAGAGCGAUUGGAGCCCUACCCGUGUUCGGGGGCGAGUACGUGGUUCCCUGUGAGAGCCUCCCAUCUCUCCCUGUGGUGUCUUUCCAUCUUGGUGGUGUUUGGUUCAACCUGACUGCUGAGCAGUAUGUGCUGAAGAUCACUAGCCUGGGCACCAGUGUCUGUCUCUCGGGGUUCCUGGGCCUAGACAUCCCACCCCCAGCCGGGCCCCUCUGGAUCCUCGGGGACGUCUUCCUGGGGCCCCAUUACACCGUCUUCGACCGCCAGCUGGACCAUGUUGGGCUGGCCCGAGCCCAGGCCCGGGGCCCACAAGGAGGACGCUGAGGCUUGCUUAGGAGUGGGCAGGGAAGACCCGGCCUUGGGCUGGUCUGCCGGUAGCCAAUCAAUCAAUCAAUCAAUCGUAUUUAUUGAGCGCUUACUGUGUGCAAAGCACUGUACUAAGAAC